UUCUCAUUUGAUAAUACUCCCCAGGUGAUAGCUUUCGCAGUUUUCGUUGCUCCUAAACUCCAUGUUUUCGGCCCUCUCUGCUUUUGGAACACACACGAGGAGAGUGUAAAAAAAAGAACUCUUACGUGUAUAAACAGAUUAGAUUAUAAUUUAUAAGUUAAUUAAAUGCAAUACGUGAAUUCAUUUAUCACGGGUUAUCUGAAUUAUGCCAUCGUCCUGUGAAUCGAAUAUUUGAUGAUAGUUUAAUUUAUAAUCGAGACAACAAAUGGCGAAAUUCGUAGCUUGUACAUGUGUUCUGCUCUUUAUUGUUUCCUUCUAUCGUCUCUCUGCUACACAAAGUCAUGAUGAAAAAGGAACGAUUUCUUUAGAACAACAACCUGUCUAUGCAAGUCCAAUUCCUCGAGGUUUUGCUUACAUUGCUGAACAUUUUGAUGAUGUCGAGAGAUUCAACAAAACUUGGCAAAUAUCACAAGCUAUAAAAGAUGAUACGGAUGAAGAUAUUUCAAAAUAUGAUGGAAUCUGGUCGGUUGAGGAACCAACGAGAAGCAUACAAGAUGGUGAUUUAGGCCUGGUUUUGAAGAGUAAAGCACGUCAUGCUGCAAUUGCAACGUUCUUGAGCACGCCUUUUACUUUUUUGAACAAACCUUUGGUAGUUCAAUAUGAAGUAAAUUUUCAAGAAGGGCAAGAGUGCGGUGGUGCUUAUUUGAAGCUUCUGACUGAGCAUCCUGAGCAUGCAGAUUUGAAAACUUUCAAUGACAAAACACCGUACACGAUUAUGUUUGGACCAGACAAAUGUGACAAUGACCAUAAAUUACAUUUUAUAUUUCGUCAUAAGAACCCAUUAAAUGGUACGAUCGAGGAGAAACAUGCAAAGAAACCUAAAGAGAGACUUGAGGAUUAUUUCAAAGACAAAAUCCCGCAUCUUUACACGCUUGUAUUAAAACCUGAUAAUACGUUCAUUAUAAAAGUUGAUAAUAAAAUUGUGAAUGAAGGCUCUUUGCUCGAUGAUUUCACACCACCGGUUAAUCCACCUUUGGAAAUUGAGGAUCCAGAUGACGUACAACCCGAGGAUUGGGAUAACAGAGAAAAAAUUCCUGAUCCAUUGGCAGUAAAACCUGAGGAUUGGGAUGAAGAUGCACCUGCUCAAAUUGUUGACGAAGAUGACACGAUGCCGGACGGUUGGCUUGAAGAUGAACCUCCCAUGAUUCCUAAUCCAGAUUCUGUUAAACCUGAUGAUUGGGAUGUUGAUAUGGAUGGUGAAUGGGGACCACCAGAUAUACCAAAUCCAAAAUGCGAAGAAACUACCGGUUGUGGCCCUUACAAACAAAAACUGAAAAAAAAUCCUCGCUAUAAAGGAAAAUGGUCACCUGCGUUAAUAAACAAUCCAAACUAUAAAGGAAAAUGGAAACCUCGCCUGAUUCACAAUCCUCACUACUACAAUGAUGAACAUCCAUUUCGCAUGUUACCGGUUUUUGCAGUAGGAUUCGAGUUGUGGUCUAUGUCACCAGACAUUCUUUUUGAUAAUAUUAUUAUCACUGACGACGAGGAUGUCGCAAAACAAUGGGCUGACGAAUCAUUCGAAAUUCGUCGUAUGAAAAUAGCGGAAAAUAGUUCGAGUGUAUGGGGCCGGAUGAUGCAUUCUAUGAACCACAAACCGGGUUGGUGGGCUCUUUAUUUUUUCUACUGUACCAUACCUGUCGCACUAUACGUCUGGUACCUGGUUCGAAGAUCUCGUGAGGGUAAACAAGACAACGUUGCCGAAGACAAGGUGUCUCUUGAUUGUAUUGAAGAUCUCAAUGAAAAUCUGGGUAUCGACGAUCAAGUGCCCCAGACCGAAAAUUUGGAACCCGAGAUCGAGACCAAGGAAACUGAAAAUGAACGCGACAAUCAUGGGACUGAAGAUAUUGCAGACAGCCAAAAGAAACAAUCGUCGAUCGUUGCAGAUGGACCACGACGGAGGAAACCAAAUAAAGAAUUCAUAGAAUCGCAAGAGGAGCUAAUGGAAAAAACGGGUCAAAGCAACGUAAAGUAAAUCUAUUGCCGUCGUCUCGAAGCUCUGUAAUAUAUUCACAUUCCACACCAGAUACACAUCUCAUUGAUGAUCAAUAUGAUGGAAGAUCAUAGUCUAUUAUUAUUAUUAUUAUUAUUACACUAUUGCGAUUACAAUUUUGGUCUUUGAAAUACGAAAUUACGUGUUUUUAACUGUGAAAAGGAUCUUUGGGCUAGCGGCAUCACAUUCCUUUAAAAAAAUGAAACGAAAGGACCGAACCGUAUCCGAACGCUCGUAUCUUUGGAGCAACAUCACAGAUGUUUUCGUUUUUCACUUUGCCAUAACAUUUUUUGAAACUUUCUCGAUUUUCCAAUGUUGAAAAAAUGAUCGCCUGACUACUGCGUUCCAAAUUAAUUUUCUUCCUACUCUUGUAAACUUUAACAUCUUAUCUUAUAUACUUUUCAACCAAUACGGAAACCAUAGGCACCUUCGUGUCUAAAAUAAAUCAUACAUGUAUUCUUCAGAACUGAGUGCCAUGGUUUAUCCAAUAAAAUUGAUUCUAAUUUCUAUCAACAACAGAUUGCUUGGUUACAUCGAUUGAUAAAGAGAAUCGUCUGUUUACAUCGAACAUACACAUUGCCUUUCAUGCUCUAGUAUGGAUUUUGAUCCUUUAUCACUUUUCGAAUAAUUAUCAUUCAGUUUAGAUAAUGCUUACUCUGUCAUUAUUUCGCUCCCGAUGAAAAUGAAAUGGAAAUGGUUCUACUUUCUGGAUGUUCAAAAAUGUUUUUAUCAUUCAGUUCACGAUCAUGUAUGCCUCAUAGAGAAAGUUGAGUUAGGCUGAAAAAAAAUGUAAUUUAUUGAAAGUCGUGCAUUACAAUUUCUACGGAAAUCUGACAUCCACAUCACGCAGAUUCAAUAGGUAGGGUCUUAACUACAGCGACCAGCUGUCCAUGCAUAUAUAUAUAUAUAUAUAUAUAUAUACAUAUGCCCUUUCAUAUAGAUAUAUCUAAUGGGCAAUUAACGCACGGGGCACUUGACCGCGGUAAAGUUGGGAUCCUAUGUUUUAAGAACGAUCGAUCAUAAUUUCGAAUUUCAUACAUUAGUGAAUUUUUAUUGAGAUGAUUGAAUCUAAUUAACUUUUCUUUUUUCUCAUAGGCGCAAGUAAUCGGGUCAAUAUUUCACGAAGAGUUUUUUCAUCUUUUGCACCUUUCAAAAAAUUUUCUCAGGUUUUACCAAUGCGAUAUUCAGAUGUUUAUACUUUUUUCAAUUCAACAAAUUUUUUUUUAAUUUCUUUGAAGCUUCUGUACAUAUCGCGAAUAAAAAAAUAUUUCCCUUAAUUUCUUGAGAAUUUAACGGAAAUUUCACUUUUUUAAAUUAAAAUCUUUCCAGAAAAUUAUUAGACUUGUCCCCAGUGUCGUUCAGAUUAUUUUAUUCUACUGCUAAAAAUUAUAAUGGCAGCUCGACAACUAUAUAUUAUUUCUUUAUUCUAAUUCCAUACUGUAGGUAAUAGUACUAUUCAAAUACAUCGCUAUUCAUAAACGUCUCCCCUGAAAAUAACUGUAUGUGUAAUUAAACUGAGUUCAGAAAUAACUCUAUGUUAAAUCAUCUUUUCCAAACCAUUUUUAUGUUGAGUCAUCUCCAUUCAUAUACAACUCUAUGCUUAAAUAUUUGCAAAAAAAUUUCUAUCGAGAUACAACUUUAUGACUUUUCAUUUUUAUUCACGUACAAUUCCAUUCCGAUAAAACUUGAAUCAUGAAAUGAUCGACAAUCAAGUCGCGUUGCUAUAUUCGGUGAAUGAAUUCAUGAGGGUAAUUUAUCGAAUAUAGCAAAUUCGAUGAAUAUAUCCUCAUUAAUUCAUUCACUCACUGCUAUAUUCGCUGCUAUUCAUUCAUCGAAUAAAGCAGAGCGACUUGAUUACCGAUUAUUUCAUGUAACGUUUUAUCAGAAUGAAUUUGUACAUGAUUAGAAAUGAAAAGUCAGAGUCAUAUCGUAAUAGAUAUUUCUUGCAAAAAUUGAAGUAUAGAGUUACAUAUAUGAAUAAAAAUGACUAUACAUAAAGAUGAUAUGAAAAGGAUGAUUUACCAUAGAAAUAUUUUACAAAGAGUUGUUUCUGAACUCAGGUUAAUUACUCAUACAGUUAUUUUCAAGGGAGAUAAUUAUGAACAGAGGUAUAAUUGAACUGAGCUAACACCCAUAGAGUUGAUUGAGGAUAAAAAAAUAAUACAUAGAUUUGUCGUGCUGCGAACCCUGAUAUUCGAAUAUCGUAUCAAAUUGAAGAUUUCAGUUAAGCCUCUAAAUUCUUGUUUUUCCAACUCAGAUGUUGAGAUAGAUUUUUUAUUCGGAACUGAAACAUUCACUUAGACACUAAAAAAUUGGUAAUUUUACAUUAUAAUUUUUUGCAACAGUAAAAUAACCAAACGUUCCUGGAGCGAUCUUUUUAGAAGUCCUAAAUGGAAGAUUAUCUUUUUUCGUGGAGUAUUGGCCUUAACACUGGUAACUAUAAAGAAACAACAAAGUCGAAUUUCUGUGGAAUCCAUUUAAUGAAUACGUAGUAUUAUAGUUAUGUUAUGAAAAAUUGUUGAUCACCAAUUUAGCACUUGGAAGGCAUUGAGAGUUUGUUUCAAUGUCUAAUCACUUAUUAUUACAGGAUAGCUAAAAAAUUAAAAAUAAAGAUUGAGGCUAUAAUAAAAUUUUAUUGAAUCGUGAAAUGUA